GGUCUUUCAGCAGCCAGUCCAGUGAGGAGGGAGACCUGGGCGAGUGAACGUGUAACCGCCGCUUUAGCCUCUUGCUCGACUCGGCCCUGUUGAUACAAAACAGCAUGUUACUCUGAAAAAAAUACUGGAAAAAAGAAUAUAAAAAAAGCACGCCAGGGACAACUGUGGAUAUCAAUAUUAUUCGGCGCCUGGAGACCGUGUGAGACACUUGAACUGCGCCGUGUGUCUGUAGGUUCGUGCUGCCUUUGUUCGGCUGUGACACCUGUCCUCCUCCACCUGCGGCAUGGAGCACCCGGAGAGGGAGCACAGGUCGGACGAGGAGACAGAGUAUGAAGACGAGGCGGUGGACCCCAGAAUCCAGGGGGAGCUGGAGAAACUGAACCAGUCCACGGACGAUAUCAACAGAUGUGAGACGGAGCUGGAGGAUGCGAGGCAGAAGUUCCGCUCCGUCCUGGUGGAGGCCACAGUGAAACUGGACGAAUUGGUGAAGAAGAUCGGCAAGGCUGUUGAGGAGUCCAAGCCGUACUGGGAGGCCCGCAGGUUGGCCAGACAGGCGCAGCUGGAGGCUCAGAAGGCCACACAGGACUUCCAGAGGGCAACGGAGGUCCUGCGGGCAGCGAAGGAGACCAUCUCACUGGCCGAGAACAGGCUCCUGGAGGAGGACAACCGGCAGUUUGACUCCGCGUGGCAGGAGAUGCUCAACCACGCCACGCAGAAGGUGAUGGAGGCUGAGCACGGCAAGACGAUGAGCGAGCUGGCGCACAAGGAGACGGCUUCGAAAUACGCGGCAGCCAACAGUCGCAUGAAGCAGCUGGAGAAGAAACUCAAACGCACCAUCAGCAAGUCAAAGCCCUACUUUGAGAUGAAGGCAAAGUUCUAUCUGCAGCUGGAGAACCUGAAGAAGAAUGUUGACGAGCGUCAGGCCAAACUGUCUCGGGCCAAAGGCGACUACAGGACGGCCCUGCAGAACCUGGAGAUGAUCUCCGACGAGAUCCACGAGCGGCGGCGGAACUCCGCCAUGGGCCCGCGGGGGAGGGGCGUCGGCGCAGAGGUCGACGGCGUUUCUGGGGACGACAUCUCCAACUUCAAAAUGGAGUCUGACGGCAUAUCCAUGGCCUCGGUGAGUUUCGACGACGACACGUGCGGCGGCAGCGGCAGCAUCAUGUCCGAGGAAGACUCGGAAACUCGCUCCACCUGCAGCCUGAGUUCACCUCCCUGCAGCCCACAGGACCUCAUGUCGCCCUGCCCCUUCGGCAGCUCCUCCUCUUCAUCAUACAUUUCCUCCUCGUCCUCUCCAUCGCCGACUCCCUCCUCCUCUUCAUCCUCAUCUUCCCCCGAUCCACCGUCCAGGCCCCACAGUCUGGAUCUUCCCUCCACCGCGUCGUUGUCAGACUUCAGCCUCAUCUCACCGGUGCUCGGCCCGCGCAGCGAGUGCAGCGGAGCGUCGUCGCCUGAAUGUGACCGAGAGAGAGGUGACCGUGCAGAAGGUGCAGAGGUGGAGCUGGACAAUGCUGCCUCCAUCACCACAAACACCAUCACAAACAUCAGCAGCAGCUCCACUGCAUCGAUGAAGAGGACCUUCAGUCUGGAGGCUCGCUUCAGCUUCCUGAACUUGCGGCGACCUCGACCCGACACCGCCAAGAAAACGGACGGCUGUUCCCGGAAGACAGAGUCGGGACUGUCUGGAGUCUUGGUCAAAUGAGUCUGAUGGACUCAAAAAACUCUGAACUCACAAAAACUCACAAACUCUGACUCUGUAUUGACUGCACUCCACUGUUGAGCAUGUGUUUUUCGGUGAACUGCGAUGGAAGGAAAAUACGGUGGAGAAGGACGUGAACUCACUCCCCGAGCACCGUCACUGUCGUAAAAGCUGCUGUUAUUGUUAAAUAAUUUGUAUUUCUGUCAAAACAAAAUGGAGAAUUGUCUUACUUUUAAAAUAGCACUGGGCUUGUUGUUGUAAACCACACACAGAGGUGAACAGAAAGUGUGACUCUUAUUUCUUUCUCUUCUGUAUUUGGUAGAAGACCAUGUGGUAUUUGUAUCGUGUAGUUCAGACUCUCUGGACCUUCAAAUGUUUAGUCUCUUCACUUUUAUUUAGGUUACUUGAUACAUCUCUCAUAUCAAUACAAUAACAUCAUAGAAAUUUACAGUAAAUGCACAUAAAUAAAAGAAUGUGAUCAGGUAACAUUUACUUUAAGUCCCUUUUUAUUAGCAUCGUUGCUAAGACGUAGAAAAAACUGCUGAUAACCACUUAGUCUUUAAUAAUAUGCUUAAAAAGGGACUUAAAGUAAAGUCGUCUCUUUAUAAUGUGCUGUAAUAUAAAGCCAGGCGAUGUAAAUUGUAUUAUGUUUCUUGAAACUAUGUUUCUCUUAAAGAUGAAAUGUUGAAUUUAUAAUAAAUAAAUAAAAAAGCACUUGUCUAAAUGAA